GGAUCUCAGUUACAACAAGUUAUCGGGUCCAGUAUCCCCAUUCUUGUCAACCGUACAGAAUCUAUACCUGAACAACAACGGCUUCAGUGGUCGGGUGCCCGCUUGCUUCGUCCAACGCCUACUGUCGGCUAAUAUACAGAUUCUGUAUUUACAGCAUAAUUAUCUCACCGGAAUAGAAAUUAACCCCACGGCUGAGAUUCCCUUGAGCAGUUCCUUGUGUUUGCAAUACAACUGUAUGGUGCCACCCGUACAGACGCCAUGCCCGUUGAAGGCUGGAAGGCAGAAGACCAGGCCUCCACAGCAGUGCAACCAGUUGAGAGGGUAGGCCACGAAACUCACAUGUUGUUGUUGAGGGCAUAAUGGGAAACAAUUUUUGCAUUCAUCUUAAAUUAAAAUUUCUAUAUA